AUGGAUAUUCUUCAUUAUGUUUUGACGACUAUCUGUUCAAAGCAGGACAAGUCUGUACCUGUUACAAACUACGGACAGAUAAAAAUUCAUAAAUAUUGUGGAGGAAAGCAUAUUUUAAACGAAGGUUGCCCACACGGUUAUCGUUUUGAGAAAAAUGCAGUUUUAUGCUACAAAGACGACGCUGAUAUAGAUGACGCUUCUGGCACAGCGUGUGGUUAUGCAAGUCCAUUUAUUUCUUGUGGUAAUAACAACACUCAGCUGUGUCCACGUGACUAUACUCCGGCCAGGACGACAAACGGUGGCCUUUACUAUUGUUCAAAAACAUAG